AUGCAAUUUAAAGAAAUCACAGCAUAUCUAGCAAUAACAAAACUAUUUUCAUUUUUUUCAGCAUUACAUUCCACAAGCAGUCGGAAAGAAAGCAAACGUGCGUCGCGUAGAGACUCUCACGUGUCAUCCCCCGAUACAACAGCAAUUGAUGGUUUUAUUGACUCGGGAGGGACCAUUCAUCAACGGCGAAGGGUAGGUAGACAAUCUGAACUAACCAAUCGUAAACCCGUAUCGGAUAUCCCCCCACCAUCGCUAUCUGACCAAUUCGGCUAUGUUGUUGGCAAACAGAGCGAAGACGAACCCUGCGACCUUGAGGAGAUACAACGCGGCCGUUGGAAGCGGAUCAUCCUGUUGGUGGUGGCGAUCACGGUGCACAACAUCCCCGAGGGGUUGGCUGUAGGGGUCGGAUUUGGGGCCAUCGGAACAUCGCCGUCGGCCACGUUCGAGAGGGCCAGCAAGACAAUGCCAGACCGGAUGUUGCCAGAGCAUCGUUAGCCUUCAUGGAUCAACAUCGCAUCAACCGUUUAUCUUGGCCAUCACGAUCGCCUGACCUAUCUCCAUCUGAACAUGUCUGGCACAUGAUAGGUCGCAGUCUCUUGAAUUUGCCACACCCUCCACAUAUUUUAGCAGCUCUUACUCAUGAAGUUGCAGUAGCCUGGAAUGA